AUGGACCAUACUACAGGUACCAGUUUUCUCGUGGACACUGGAGCUGAAGUUAGCAUCAUCCCCGUCUCACUAACAUCGGGACAUAGGAAACAAACGCCAGCCUUUCUUCAGGCUGUGAAUCAAUCACCUAUUCAGACUUUUGGCGAGCAAUCCCUCACAUUAAAUUUAGGCCUUCGUCGUGCUUUCCAGUGGAUUUUCGUUGUAGCAAAAUUACCCACUCCUGUCAUAGGUGCUGAUUUUUUACACCACUUCGGCCUCCUGGUCGACGUCAAGAAACGUAGAUUCGUUGAUACAAUGACCGACCUCACUGUACGUGGUAUAACCGCACGUGUGUCCACAGUAGGUCCAGUCAUGUUACGGAAAGAGACCACCCAAUUCGAAGCGCUCCUCCGUAAAUAUUCGGACAUCACCCGACCACUGUUCAAACACAAGGACAUCAAGCACGGGAUUACGCACCAUAUUGAAACCACCGGACCACCUGUUGCCUCGCGACCGUGA